AAAAUCUUCCACAUUAUUGUUUGUGUGUAUCUCAUCCUCCAUGCUUCAAUGUCAUGAUCCUCUCUGCAAGUUCUUGAUUCAACAACUGGAACCCACUAGCCCCACCUUUGUCUCCCUUUCAAAAUCUCCCACGUUAUUGGUUGUAUGUAUUUCAUCCUCCAUACCUCAAUAUCAUGAUUCUCAAAAGAAAAAUCUCUGCAAGUUCUUGAUUCAACAACAAGAACCCUCUUCAGGACUUGCAGUUCCAUGAUCAAAAAGAUGGAUAGGAAUUUCACGCCAGUUUUUGUUUAAAUUCUUACUGUCUAGUUGAAUUGAACUGGUUUUGUGGGUGCUUCGUGCUGUUUAUUGGUUGAAAUGGAGAGGUUUUCUCAGAGAGAAAGUGUUCUGUUCGGUUAUAAUCUUCAAAGACAAACUAUAAACCAUCCAGGCUCUUCUUCAAAUAGCCAACUUGGAAACUCUGAUAUUGAUUUUAUAGAUGUUUUUGGUGGCCCACCGAGGCGAUCGUCGCUUCAGGAGGUGCGAUCUAGUUUUUCUGAAACGACAGAUUCAUUUGUUUCAAGAAGUAGUGAUUUUGAUACCAUGUUGUCUCGCAACAGUUUGUCGGGUUUAAAUGAGAAGCCAGUGUUUGGAGAUGAAAAUGUCAAUAGAAGGCGAUAUCCAAGAAAUGAUUUCUUUGAUGAUAUUUUCAGAGGCAAUAAGUCUUUGAGUUCUUCUCCGAAGAAGCAUGACUUUGAUUCACUUUCUUCAACUCCAGGUUCAAGAGUCCAAAGCCCUACUGGACAGCUGCCACCUAGAGCUGAUCCCUGGAGUUUAUCUCUGCCUGCACAAUUCAGCCUCUCUGCCAAACUGAGUAAGCGGACAGACUUGCCAACAUUUAACUCUAGCGCCCAUAGCAUUCACAAAAAUAAGGAUGGUGCUUCAUAUGGCGUAGGCAAUUAUGCACAUUCUGCAAGCCAAACGGACCAUGUUAGAGACGAGUUGACUAAUGAUAUCUCUAGGCAAAGCACUUUAUUGAAGGAGCUAUAUCUUAGCAGCGAGGAGUCAUCAAACUCGACCAAACAUGAAGAAACAGACACAAACACAAAUUUGAAAAGUGAUUCAGAUAGUUCUGAUGUUCCAACAAAUGGAAACCAGUCUCAUUUUUCUAUAUCUAAGUGGGCAAGCAAAGGAAUACCCUUUGUGAUUUCCCUUGGAGGAGCUACCAAAUCAAGACUGGAUGAGAAUUGUGAACUUCAGAGAUGUUCAAGUGCUAAUGGAUGGAUAGCAAGCGAGGGUAUAGCAAGAGAAUUACGAUCAGCAAAUCAACAUGAUAUCGAUGUUCCCUCAUUCAGUAGUCACAUUGAGCUUAAUCAACAAGAUAAUCGCUUCCUCUUUGAUAAGAGCAUUCAGUGUGAAGUAGAACCGUGUCAGAUUGUUGUGGACACAAUUUUUCCUGUACCUGAGUUAGAUACUCCAAGCACUCAUCAAGUGAUUGUUGAAGCUGGUCCUGAAAUGGACUUAUCUGAAAAAACAAAGGAACGAAUUUCUGUACUUACACUUGAGGAUCGCAAGACCAAGUUAAAACCACUACGUACCCUGUUAUCCGAGAAUGAUGAUGAGCAAUAUAUUGAUGAGAUGACUAGAGAAAAUGGUAUGAAAGAAAGAAAGGCAGAAAGCACCAAAAAACCAUCUGCAGUUUUUGAUGUUAGUGAAAACGGAAAGGAUCAAGAUGAGAAAAGAACUACAGCGAAUAAUGUAGAAGUGGAUAAAGCUGACUUUCAAUAUCCACCAACAAAAUCAAGAGACAGCCUUGAGAAGAACAGACUUCGGGGAAAGGUCAAGGAAUUUGUUAAAAUUUUCAAUCGAGCAGGUUCAGAAAAACCCAACUUUGAUCUUAAUGACUCUCAACAUCAGAGUUCGGGACAAAAGGAAAGAAUAAAAUUCAAUUCUGACGAUACCAGAAAUGAGAAAAUGCACUCGCGUAAUGUUAACAAUAAAAACAUGCCAGAUGCUUCCAUCCUGGUGAACAAAUGUCGUAAGCGAUCUGAGAAACAACAUCUCGAGACAAAGGCGAACAACCUUGGGUCCGAAAGCGUUUCUUCUGGACGUAAGGAUAGCUCAGUGUCAACUGCAGCUGACAUUCCUGGUGGCUUAGAAUCAACCGUUGUCGAUACAGAUAUGUCCUUCCUCCUGAUUACAGAAUUAGCCCAGGAUGAGGAAAGGGAGCUCCAAACCAGCGAUAACCAUGAGGAGAUCCAAGUCAUUGAUGAUAAAAUACAGAAGUGGUCGAAAGGAAAGGAAGGCAACAUACGCUCCCUGUUGUCAACUUUACAAUAUGUCCUUUGGUCUGGAAGUGGGUGGAAUCCUGUGCCUCUUGUUGAUAUAGUUGAAGGAAAUGCAGUGAAAAGAACAUAUCAAAAGGCCCUACUCUGUCUACACCCUGAUAAACUACAGCAGAAAGGUGCUACCUCGCAUCAAAAAUACACAGCAGAAAAAAUCUUCGAUAUUUUGCAGGAAGCAUGGACUCAUUUCAACUCACUCGGAGCAGUGUGAGGUGCGACCAAGGAAUGCAGAUAGUAAGUUAUCAUGGAUCAAGGACAUCGAGAUGCUUGUUUAUUCAAGUGUACAUGGUAAAAAUUAUAUUUGUGGGAACAUCAUACUGUGGGUAGCUA